AUGCCAGGGCAUUUCGGGUGUGGGGAAGUGAGUGGUUAUGCAGAUGCCAGGGCAUUUCGGGUGUGGGGAAGUGCGCGGUGGAUUCUCGAGGAGCGAGCCUUCCUGGUGGGUGUGGAGAUUCUCGAGGAGAGAGCUUUCCUGGUGGGCGUGGAGGUCAGGCCCUCUGCAUCCGCUCCCCCCUCCGCCUCCCCCUCUGCCUCAGCGCCCUCGCUGUUCCCCAUAGAGGAGUCAUUGGCGGAGCUGUCGCAGCUGGUGGAGACGGCCGGUCUCAGGGUUGUUGGCUCCACGCACCAGAGGGUAGCAAGCCCCAACCCACGAACGUACAUAGGAGCCGGCAAGGUGGAGGAGGUGCGAGCAGCGGUGGCGGGCAUGGGCGUGGAGACGGUGGUGUUUGACGAUGAGCUCAGCGCGGGUCAGUUGCGCAAUCUGGAGAAAGAGUUUGGCGGCGAUGUGAGGGUGUGUGAUCGCACGGCACUCAUCAUUGACAUUUUCAGUCAACGCGCCAACACCAAGGAGGCAACUCUGCAGGUGCAACUAGCCCAGCUAGAGUACCAGCUGCCGCGCCUCACGCGCAUGUGGACGCAUCUGGAGCGGCAGGCAGGCGGCAUGGUGAAGGGCAUGGGGGAGAAGCAGAUUGAAGUGGAUAAACGAAUCAUCAGAGAACGGAUGGCAGCGUUGAGACGCAGCCUCACAUCAGUGAGGGAGCACCGGCAGCAGCACAGGGACCGGCGAGCAGGCCUGCCCAUCCCGGUGCUGUCACUGGUGGGAUACACCAAUGCAGGCAAGAGCACGCUGCUCAACAGGCUUACAGGGGCCGGCGUGUUGGCAGAAGACAAGCUGUUUGCCACGCUCGACCCCACCACUCGCCGCACGCAGCUACCCAACGGCAAGGAGUGCCUGUUGACGGACACGGUGGGGUUCAUUCAGAAGCUGCCCACCCAGCUGGUGGCAGCGUUCAGAGCCACGUUGGAGGAGAUCACCGAGGCGUCGGUGCUGCUGCAUGUGGUGGACGUCAGCCAUCCAAUGGCGGCGCAACAGGUGGCGGCGGUGCUGCAAGUGCUGGCAGAGCUGGAAGUCUCCCACAUCCCCAUGCUCACCGUGCUCAAUAAGGUAGACCAAGUGUCCCCUGGUUUUCUGCAGCAGCAGCAGCGCCAGCUGGAGACCAUUUUGGACCAGAACUCGGGCGGCAGAGAGAGCAGUGCGGGCGGCAGAGAGAGCACCGCGGGUGGCAGAGAGAGCAGCGCGGGCGGCAGAGAGAGCAGUGUGGGCGGCAGAGACGGUGGUGGGAGAGAGGAUUGGCGGCACAGGAUGGUGGCGGUGUCGGCUGUGACUGGCGAGGGCAUGGAUCGGCUGUUUGAGGAGCUGGAAAAGAUGGUCAACGGCCUGCUGGUGAGCAUAGAAGCCAUCAUUCCGUACCAGGAGGGGCAUCUGCUGGGGCUCGUGUACCAGCUGGGCGCUGUUGAUAGAGAGGAGCAUCUACCCGAAGGCACGUUGCUGUCAGCGCAUGUGCCGCUGCGGGUGGCGCAGCUGCUGCUGCCGUACCGCUGGACUGCAGAAAAGUUCAGAACAAGGGAUGCCCCUGUGGCAUGA